UUCUAGAAAACAGUAGAACAUAAAAGUGAUAUUUUGAAGUUUCAAAAAUGGCUACCAUUCUCCAAAAAAUAGCAGAGAUAGAAGCAGAGAUGGCUCGUACUCAGAAAAAUAAAGCAACAAGCUACCACUUAGGUAUGCUGAAAGCCAAACUCGCAAAAAUGAGACGUGAGCUAAUUGAACCUAAAAGUGGUGGUGGUGGUGGAAAAGGGGAAGGUUUUGAUGUUGCUAAAACAGGAGACUCAAGAAUUGGGUUUGUUGGUUUUCCGUCUGUUGGCAAAUCUACUUUGCUUUCGAAUUUAGCUGGUGUGUAUUCUGAAGUAGCCUCUUAUGAGUUUACUACUUUAACUACUGUCCCAGGUGUUAUAAGAUACAAAGGAGCAAAAAUUCAGUUACUUGAUUUACCUGGAAUAAUCGAAGGAGCAAAAGAUGGAAAGGGGCGUGGAAAACAAGUAAUUUCAGUUGCUCGAACUUGUAACUUAAUUUUAUUGGUUCUUGAUGUGCUAAAACCCUUGCAUCACAAGAAGAUUAUAGAAAAAGAAAUGGAAGGUUUUGGCAUCAGGUUAAAUAAACUACCACCAAACAUUUAUGUGAAAGUUAAAGAUAAGGGUGGUAUCAAUUUAACAUCAACAUGCAAGCAGUCAAUUUUGGAUUUAGACAUGGUAAAAGCCAUUCUUGGAGAAUAUCGUAUUUGUAAUGCUGAUGUCACUUUGCAUCAAGAUGCCACAGAAGAUGAUCUUAUUGAUGUAGUUGAAGGAAAUAGGGUUUAUAUACCAUGCAUAUACGUUCUUAACAAAAUCGAUCAAAUUUCAAUUCAGGAACUUGACAUUAUAUACAAAAUUCCUCACUGUGUUCCAAUUUCUGCGCAUCACAAAUGGAAUUUUGAUGACCUAUUAGAAAAAAUAUGGGAUUAUUUACAAUUAGUUCGCAUAUAUACAAAGCCAAAAGGUCAACUUCCUGAUUAUACUGCACCUGUAGUGUUGCAUGCUGGUAAAACCUCAGUUGAGCAAUUUUGUGACAAUAUCCAUAAAAGUAUUAUGAAACAAUUUAAAAAUGCAUUGGUUUGGGGUUCUUCAGUUAAGUACCAACCUCAGAAAGUUGGGAAAGAGCAUAUUUUACAAGAUGAAGAUGUCGUACAGAUAAUCAAAAAAGUGUAGUUAUCGAGCCGAUUUUAUGAGUCUGCAUUGUUUAAAAAUGUUUCAAUAUAUGAAUACAUUUCUUUGAUGCUAAAUCUA